AAUGCAAAAUGGUUGCAGAAAGUAGGAAGUUCAGAAAUUUCCCCUAAACCUGCUACUAUCGAGAUAUUUCUACAAUAAACAUGCAAAAUGACGAGAUGGUUGAAAACCACUAAUGAACAUAAAUAUGGUGUUGCUGUUUACAACUACAAGGACAAUGGAAAACUGAGACUGAACCUCAGCAUAGGAGAUGUGGUGCACAUAAUUGAGGAAAAUAUAAACUGGUAUCGAGGUUACAAUGUGAGGAGCAAACAUGUGAUUGGUCUCUUUCCGAAGAGUUAUGUCGUCAUCAGGGAUGGAGUUGUACUUAACCAAGGCACCCAGGAGCUCAUCUACAGGACAGAGCCCCCUAUUGUACAGGAGAUGACAUCUGUCUUACAAGAAUGGGGUGCCAUCUUGAAGAACCUCUAUGUGAUAAAAAGUGCUGAAUUUGCUGAGGUGCGUAAGAUCAUGUUGGAGCUGAUCGACAAGCGGAAACUGAUCAUGUCAAAGAAAUUGCCAGCAGAUGAACUGAAGGUCUUGCAGCAGAAGAUGGCCUCAAAGAUAGAUCUUGGCAACACUCAUCUUGGCCUUGACCUGGUCGUCAGGGAUGAACAUGGUAACAUGCUCGACCCAAAGUUGACUGGAUGUAUCAAGCUUUAUAGACAGCACGAGUCGGCAACUCAAAGGAUUCAGAGAGAAAGGCGCUGCAAAGGGCGAAAGGAAUUGAAAGCAGAGUCGGUGGAUUCGCCGGGUAAAUUCAGGCACUCGUCACGGGGCAGCUAUAGUCUCUACAUCUGUGUGCGGAAUGUGGUCUGUCGGAUCGGGGAGGAUGCAGACGUCCUUUUGAGUUUGUACGAUGCCAAGGCUUGUCAGUUCAUCAGUGAGAGCUAUGUGAUAAAAUGGGGUGAUAAAGGCCUUCCUAAAGAUAUCGAAAUGAUCAACAACUUAAGAGCAUUGUUCACAGAUCUCGGCAACCGCGACUUAGGAAGAGAAAAAAUCCAUCUAGUCUGUCAGAUUUCACGCAUCGGUUGUAUGGACACAAGGGAGAGUGACUCAGGAAAAAGACAAACGGCUGGGUUGAAGCGACCUUUUGGUAUUGCUGCGAUGGACAUCACCACUAUCGUCAAGGGGAUCGUUGAAAACAACGAGGACAAACAACACUUUGUGCCAUUCCAAGCGUGUGGUGAGAAGGAGUUCAUGGAUAGUGUGAUGAAGAAGGUACUCGGCGCCAAGGAGAUCAACCACAAGGGACAAGGUUUAUGGGUGUCUCUGCAGCUGCUACCGGGAGAUCUGUCACAGGUCAGGGAAGAGUACCCGCAUCUCGUGUUAGGGACAACGGUCAUUGCAAGGAAGAUGGGCUUUCCAGAUGUCAUAAUGCCAGGUGAUGUACGGAAUGACAUCUAUGUCCAGCUUGUGCAGGGGGAAUUCAACCGAGGGAACAAGUCACUGAAUGUGGAAAUCACAAUGGUUGUGUGCAAUAAGAAUGGAGAGUGUAUACAGGAUGUCGUUUGUCAGGGUGCGGGUUGGAAGAUGGACAGUGAAUACAAGAGUACUGUCUAUUAUCAUGAGGAUAAACCCAAGUGGUGCGAGACGGUCAAAGUAGCCCUCCCUAUUGAGGAAUUCAAUGGAUCACAUCUCAAGUUCUUGUUUCGACAUCGAUCUUCAAUAGAAGCCAAAGAUAGGCAAGAGAAACCAUUUGCGAUGUCAUACGUGAGGUUAAAACAGAGUAAUGGGACCACGUUACCUGAUGGCAUUCAUGAGCUCCUGGUCUAUAAGAUGAGUCGUGGCUCAAAACAUGACGGCAUUGAAGGCAAGAAAUAUGAGAGUAGUAUAUACCUUGACCUGCCCUCGACAAGACGUGAGUUGGAUAUGCGUGGCUCUGUGUCAACGUCAUUGAGUAAACUUCAGAUUCAAAGCGGGUCGCUAGUUUAUGCCGGAAAGGACUCAUUCCAGAUUUCAACACUCUCCGUAUCGACAAAGCUCACACAUAACAUUGACCUGCUCGGGUUGUUGAACUGGCGAGACAACACCAAAGGACUCAAGCAGCACCUGCAGGCAAUCAUGAAAGUUGACGGUGGUGAAAUAGUCAAGUUUCUCCAAGACACCCUCGAUGCCCUCUUCAACAUCCUGAUGCAGCACUCGGAGUCUGAUUACUAUGACAAUCUGGUCUUUGAUGCCCUCGUCUUCAUCAUUGGGUUGAUAUCAGACAGGAAGUAUAACCAGUUCAGGCCGAUCAUGGACGACUACAUUGAGACAGAAUUCAGCGCUACUCUUGUUUACAAUAAACUUAUAAACGUACUUAAGUUCUACGUGGACCGUGCAGAGGAGAAAGAGAGUGGUUACCAGGAUAAUCUCCUGAAGGCGCUGAAGUCCUUGGAAUACGUCAUGAAGUUCAUCACUAGAUCACGACUACUCUUUGCAGCCUUGAAUGAAGGACGAGGGAAGCAGCAGUUUGAAGUCGCCCUGAAGCAGCUGUUCGAAGCCCUGAACAUCCUCAUGCUCUACACAUCUAAUACCACAGUCCUUCAACAGGGGGCAGCACUCAAGUAUCUUCCCACGACAAUUCCGUUUGUCAUGAAUGUAUUUGAUCCUCAGGAACUUAGCCUCAUCCUGGUGGAGUUCAUCAACAACGUGCCAAAAGAUCGUCUGACCAAGCAAAAGAUGCAGUGUAUCAAUGAUAUCGUACACAGCAAGAUGUUCCUUCUAGUCGUUGAUGGGCACCCAGAAUGCCGGGUCCUGCUCAUGCCGAUGAUCAUGACCCACAUCCACGAGUUACUAGAGGAGCAGGAGGAGACAGAGAUCUGCAUCAGCAUCCUGAGUGAUAUACUCGAUAUUCUCUUCUCUACGGACGUGGUAAGCAAGGGCUCGGUCUACAAUGACGUGGGAACAAUCCUAUUCACAAACUUACGGACACUCAUCAAAACCGUCUUCAAGCUUGACCGAGGUGGACCACAUAUUGCUAAAUUGAAGAGAAACAGCUCAAUAAGUAGAGCCGUUGAGAGAAUCAGGGUGAGAAUGAAAGAAUCCAAGCCUCUAUCCAUCGAUACCAUGUCUGUAAAACAUGGCCCCUGCGUUUCUGUUGUGAUCAGCAUCCUGCAUCAGAUGACAGAUGACCAUUACCAGCAGUUCAUCAACAGUUUCCAGGCUCAGCGAGAGCUCAUGGACUUCCUCAUGGAGAUCUUGAUGGUCAUACGAGAUCUCGUCUCUCGGAAUAUCUACCCUUUCGAUUGGAAUGAGAUGAUCAUGAUUCAAAACAGUGUGUUCUUGAAGACCCUGCAGUCGAUAGCCAAAACUCUCCGAGAUAAGUUCUACAACCCAUUUGAAAUCCAGCUCUGGAACAACUUCUUUCACUGUGCAAUAUCUUUCCUGACCCAAGAAAACCUUCAGUUAGAGAACUUCACUGGUCUCAAAAGAAGCAAGAUCAUAAACCGAUACAAAGAUAUGAGAAGGGUGACUGCCUUUGAAAUCAGGUCGAUUUGGUUCAACUUAGGCCACAACAAAUGUAAAUUCAUCCCGAAUAUCGUCGGUCCGAUCCUUGAGAUGACGCUUAUCCCGGAGAUUGAGCUGAGGAAGGCCACGAUACCCAUAUUCUUCGACAUGAUGCAGUGUGAGUUCAACCAACCGGGCCAGCGAGCGAUGAAGGGAAAUUUCAUCGAGUUUGAAGACGAGAUGAUUCAGCAACUUGAUGUCCUGAUCGAAGGUGGUCGCGGUGACGAGGCCUACGCCGAGCUCUUCCACGCCAUAAUGUACAAUCAGUUAGCAAAUCAUUCCACUAUGCGGGACCAGGGCCUUCCGUUUGUCGAGACGGUGAAGCGACUGAUGCAGCACCUGUUGGAGUAUCGGUCGGUCAUGGAUGAUGAGAUUAAGGAGAAUCGCAUGAACUGCAUUGUCAAUCUGCUGAAUUUCUACCAUGAAAUCAACCGCCAGGAGAUGUACAUUCGCUACUUACACAAGCUGUGUGACCUUCACCUUGAGUGUGAUAACUACACGGAGGCUGCCCACACUCUCGUUAUAUAUGCGAGGCUGCUAAAGUGGAGUGAUGAUGUGUUGAGUCAAAUCUUACAAAGCGACAAAUACCCCGAGUGCCAAACUCACCGCGAGUUGAAAGAGAGGCUCUACUAUGACGUCAUCGGUUACUUUGACAAAGGCAAGAUGUGGGAGAAAGGUCUCGAGUUGUGUAAAGAGUUGUCGGACCAGUAUGAGAAUGAGACGUUCAACUAUUCUGAACUGUCUAAACUAUUGGAUAUGCAAUCUCAGUUCUAUCGGAACAUCAUGCAGCUUCCACGGCCCGAACCAGAGUACUUCAGGGUGGGAUUCUAUGGGAAGGGCUUUCCAUCCUUUCUCCAGAACAAAAUGUUUGUCUACCGAGGGAAAGAGUACGAGAGAUUAUCAGACUUCACUGCGCGGCUACAGAAUCAGUUUACUGAUGCUCAACUGCUGAAGACACUCAGUGAACCCAGCGAUGAGGUGCUAGAAUCUAAGGGACAGUAUCUUCAGAUCAAUGCUGUCACCCCUGUAUUGGAGCUACAGAAGAAGUUCCACGGCAAAGCUGUAAGGAAUCAAAUAAUCAAAUACUUCAAGGUGAAUGAAGUGCAGAAGUUCACAUUCUCCAAGAUGAUGGAUGGUGCUGGUGAUGUUACGGACAUGUGGUUGGAGCGGACCAAUCUAACCGUCCUCUUCCCCCUACCAGGAAUUCUCAGAAACUUUCCAGUCAAGAAGAAAGAAGUGUUCAUGGUGAGCCCGUUAGAGGUUGCCAUAGAGACGAUAGAGACAGCUAACGAGAGGAUGCGAAUACUCAUCGAGCAGCAUCAGAAUGUGGCCAACCUUGCCGUGGAUCCUCUCGGCAUGUUGCUCAAUGGGAUCGUGGAUCCCGCAGUCAAUGGCGGGAUCAGUAAAUACAAAUAUUUCUACUCUGAUGAGUACUACCAAGCAAAUCCCGGCACACAGACCAAAGAACUGAUCAGGAAGCUUCGAGAAGUGACGGCAAAGCAGGUGAACCUGCUCUUUACCGGCAUCACGAUUCACGGCAUGAAAGUCGUCCCAAGUUUACGACCGCUACACGAGCACAUGGUGCAGAGUUUCGAUGAGAUGAAGAGUUUGAUGGAGAAGGAAUAUAGUAUUAGGGUCAAGCCCACCCCUGAGAUUAAUCUAAAGAGAGUCAAAACCAUGCCAGCACAAUCAACAUCGGAACAACAGAUCCCCAGUAUAGUUAAACGUUCUUCGGUGGGAAUGCGACGAAGGGGGAGUUCUUUCAUGUUAAGCAUCAGUUCUGACCGGAGCGUUGAGAAGGUGUCGCAGGGAGCCCAGCGCCACCAGUCAGUCUGGGUGAAGCCGAGCUCAGAGAAGCCGCAGGUGACACGAAGCAACUCCCCCAACAAGACAACCAAGCUGCUAACCAAUGCUAUACAGGCGUUUGGUAGGUCGCGCCCUCUUUCAACGGAAUUCAAACAAGAUAAACAAGAAAAAGAGGAGGAUCGUGAUGUAGAGGAGGAGGAGGCAAAAAAGAAGGAGAGGUCGAGCAAAUUCCAUAUACAUCUUCCAAACCAUCAGCGCGGCUCAAAAUCUGACAUGCAGAAUAUUAAUACCCCGAAAAUUGAACUUACUGAACAGUUGACGCCUCAAAGACCUCGGCGACCGGACGCUGAUAAGCGCCUAAGUCGGCCUGGAAGUCAACACUUCAAGUACCCAUCGUCUCCUGGUUCUAGUGAGAGAGGCGGCAGUCUAACACCCACAUCGAUAUCAUCGACAGGCUCGGAUCACUCACCUCUCCCUGAUGACGUACCUCCUCCACUGCCUCAGAAACAAGCCUACGCCGAUUAUCAGAAUCUAGCAGACAUGGUGGGGGAUGAACCACCGCCUCUAGUCCCGAAGCGAGUGACCUCUUUCCCGAGUAGUAGUAAUGGCCCUGAUACCCUCAGAGAGAGCAAGCCGGUGCCUCCAUUGCCAGGUUCUGCUCAAACUUGGCCAGAACGCACCGCCAGCAAAGACGAGAAUGACCUCUCACCAUCAGCACCACCUCCAGCUCUGCCUCAGAAACGCUACAAAUCACGCAAGACAAUCAGCUGAAUACAUUUCUGAAAUAUCUCAAUCAAAAUGCUCUUCCUCGGCAGUUCACAACAUCGUUUCUCGGGUAUAUUGUCGCACUUUCAUUGAGUUAGGCCAUAAAAAAUUAAAAUUGAAAUUGGUUGCCUGAAAAUUUCCUUUUUGGCAACUCUCAAGAGUUGGCAAGUUAAGAAGUUGAAACAGUUUUGUGAAGUGCAGGGAAGUGCUGUCAUCUGUUGUGGUUUUGCCUUUCAUCAGUCCACGGCAAACUAGACCUUGCCGGGCCGGUGGAUAUUUAAGAAUAGGCUCUUGUACUUGACAGUCUAAAAUGAUAAAUCAGUAAAGUUAGGCGGCAGGUUUACAUGAUAGAUCUCUAUUGUCAGUCUAAGCUGUAUUCGCAUAAAAGUACCGACCCUACAUUCCCUUUCUUAUCAUGAGUUUGGAGAAAGUAUUGCUUUGACACGGGAGGGAUUUAUUUGUUUUGAAUUAACAUUUCAGUCUUCCCACCAGCUUUUUGAAGUGUUUCUUUUGUAUAUGGAAUUUUAUUGUCAUCUUUUGAUACUUGUGUGCAGACCUUUUAUACAUUUUGUAAGAAUUUUGUGCAUUAUUUCACUUAGGGGAGAACGCCGUCUCGUUUGUAGUUGAUGUGUGUAUAGAUGAAGGGAUAGGGAACUGGGGAGGAAACCAGUUUUCCUCCUGGUGCGCAGUGACCAAUGUAAGUCGAGAAUCACUGAGUUGAUCAUAGUUGUCGAUUGUGAUUCUUGAAGAGGCGUGGCAUGGCUUGUUGGUUGAUGUGACAUGUGUGACAAACGAUGGGGUGGGGCAAGAACCAUCUGAUCUGUCAUGUAAAUGUGAGAUCCUGCACGUCUGCCCCACCAUCAGUUGCAAUAUUAAGGUGCUACUCGGUGCUUCGUUUAAAUGAUGUCAAAAUGUGCGUACAAUUUUUGUAUCCCUGACCUUGCUUAAAGAUAUCUCAGUUGCAUACAAUUUAAUUGCCGACGUGAAAAAAUAUUGCUCAAGUCAUUUUUGUGUUGUAAGUCUUCCAGUCACGAGGAGAGCUUUUUACAAGUUUUAAGUUUACAGGUCUAGCCUGUAUUCGAUAUCUGAGUAUGCACGUUGCUUUGCAUUCAUACAUGUAAACCAGCUAAAAGCAUGGGAACAAAUUGAUUCUUUUUGAUCUUUACAACAGAAUGAUAAGUUUGCCUUCAUUCAGGUUUAUGUUGAUCGAUGUACAGAAAUAAUAAACUAAUCUAUAUCUUCUUUGUAUUCCUCUUCCUGCAUUCCUUUCAGGUUUCCCAUUUUGAUUGCCAUCCCUAGGCCUAUUUCACUGUGCACCUAGGAGUUGGGGAGGUAGUGUAAUCCUCCCUGCUCAAAGAUCUAGAUUACCGUUACUCACCAAACUUACACGCGAUACAUGUAGCAAAUGUGUAAAAGUUAACGAUGAUGUAGCUCCCAUUAGGUGAAUUGUUCAGAGUAAGAGAUAGCUCCAGUAUAGCAGUGUUCUGUUAGAGGAGAAAUAAGAACUUUUAGGGCAAUUUUUGAUUACUUAUAAUUCUAGUCAGUGUUUUGGGACAGAUAAGUCAGGGUCCUUUAUUUUACUGUAAACCGCGAAAAUUUUGUUGAAAAAAAUUUUUUUUGCAAAUUCCUUUUCAGCAGAUUGCAAAUUUCUUUCUGUUAUCCAAUCAAAAAAAUGUUUUUCGCGAAUUCUAUUUUUGCGAAAUUCGUGAAAAUGUAACGCCCUCGAAAAUUUAAGGGUUUACAGUAAACAUAUUGAUGUUAACACAAACUGACUACCCGGUAUUUGAGAGAUUGAUGUGUUCUGAGGUAAAGAUCUCAAUCAAUUCUCAAGUCAUUGAGUCAUAUAUCAUCUACACUACUGUCAACCCAUUCAAAUACCACCAUAAAUGGCCUUGACCAAGAAGGCCAUCUUUUGACUUAGCAACAUAAAAAGGUGAUUGUUUAAAUGGAAUACCUUUUAAAUUAUUAUAGCAAGGCCAAUAUAUACAUUGUAAAUGUAGCAUGUAAAGUUGUAUUAUAUGUAAAUUUAAUAGAAUAUAUGACGUGUAAAAUUCUCGUAAGCAUGAAAGGUAGAAAUUUGAGAUUCAGUUGCUGAUAUGAUGAAUUAUUCUCACCACAGAGUUAAAGGGAGAAAAUAGGCAUUGACAAACCAUGCUGUGGCCCGGCAAGAAAGUUAGCUUUUGAAAAUGCCAGGCAUCAGUCACAACUCUAGGAAACCCAAUUCGAGUCUGGAUUUUUGGAAGUUGCAUUUUGGCUACAUUUCCGCCAAUAAUUUCUUUGUCCCAUUACUCAUGUUUGCACAAUUCCUUGACCCUCGAGAAAAAUGUGUACAGAAAUGUGUCCAGGCUAGGAUGCAACCCACGCUUGACUACUGACAAUGUCCGAAUGGUGUGUAUAUUUGCAGGUCUUGAGGUUCAUGGUCAUUGAUUGAAACCAAGUUUUCUCUAUAUCUUGUGUAUACCAGGAAUAUGAUAUUUUCUGUCUAUAUUCACCUUUAUAAUGUGUACAAUUUAUAUAAAAUGAUUAUACAAUCUUUUCUUAUGACACAA